CUGCAUUUCGACUUUGGACAAACAUGAGCAGAGAUCAUCGUUCGUCACCUUCUCCAUAAUCUGUUCCGUACUCCUGAUUAACCUCUUCUUCCACCCAUUUAUGCAGGCGCCAAGGACCGCAGUGAGCGCAAGCACACUAGAAAGUCUCCGAGUCGCAAAUCGAGCCGCAGAGACAACGAGAGCUCGUCCCGACACAAGUCAAAACUGCCCAAGGGAGCAAAAAAGAUAACAGAAGAGGACUAUUUUCUGCUCCAGAAGGAGUUCCGAGUUUGGCUGGCGCAAACAAAGUGCGUGGUCAUUUUGUCUGGACCAAAUUUCACCGUAGUAGUAACACUAUUUGUGAUCAGGAACAAAUAUGUCGACGAUCUGUCGACGGACGAGGCCAUGGAUCUGUUCACGGACGAGUUUGCCAGGAAGUGGAACCGCGGCAAGUUAUCCAAAAUGUUCUAUGAAGGGCUCCCCGAUGCUGUAGUAGAGCAAACCAAGCGGACGCGUCAUCAAUGGGGGUUUGUAGCCAAACUGGGAGAGAAGGAGAAGUUUGAGCUGGCGACAGCCAAAGAUUCGGUGGAUGUAGCCACAAAGAAGAAAAACCUGUUGACAUCAGAUGACAAAGUGAAGGGACCAAAAAAAGAGGACGACACAAACUGGACCAAACGUCGGUUCAAAGAGGAUGAAGAUGACAGGGAAGAACACAGAAAGCGUCAAAAGUUGGAGCGCAAAAGAGAACGAGAAUACCGUGACGUAGUGAUGGAUGAACUGGCGCCAAAAGCGACGGGAAGAGAGGCGCAGAUUGACAAGAGACACCAGCUGGCGGACAAGCUGCAUGGCGCUGCGAGAGACCGAGAAGAAGCUCGGGACGGUCUUGAUCUAAGCGACGACUUCUUGAUGGGCGGACGUGGAGGGGAUGAGGAUCUGAAACGCCGCAUGGCUCAGCGAGACGUAGCGCGUCGACGCAAGCAAGAAGAGCAGCAGGAAAAACUAGCGGGUCUGAAGGCGAAGGAAUCGGCACGUAUGGACAAGUUCCUGGAGGAUAUGGGCCUCGCUGGACCAAACGCUAAUGGUGGCAAGCGCAUGACUAUUGCCCCACGUCGAUAGAGUAUAAGAAACCUCUCUGUAUGCUUUAGUGCAUCUUACUUCAAACAGGUUUUCUAUUUGUAACUGGUUAGCCCCAAAUCGGCUCGAGGUAUUGAUGAGGGAUUAAUAGAGAGUCGUGGGGUUGGUGUAUCAGUGUCGGACGUAUUUCCAGUCAGGACAUAUUCCCUGUCACUCAUUUUGGAUAUAAUUCCAAGCCAAAAUGCAAGAACUGUCUAUAGAAUAUGUGGCCAAUGGAGUGAUUCCCGCAGCAAGUUUGGAAUCAUAGAAAAAGACACCAGU